CACCCAUUAAGCGGUACUUCUUACGGCGUGACUUGUUGAGCAGGCUUUGCGAAUCUAUAAAAGAAGCCUCCCAGGUGUUUGGCGAAGUGGCUGCUGAUUUCAUUAUCCAGUUGAUCCUCAGGUUCAUGACUGCAUUAAUUUUGGAGACACGAAGCGGAAGCGUAUCUGAACCGACGUACAAAGUUGACAGAUACGCGGUGUUUCUUCGAGAGCUAAGCGGAAUUGCUGACGCUUAUGCUGUGUUCAUUUUCCCCACCGAGAUGCCGUAUUGCGUAUACAUCAAAGCUCUUCCUCUCCUCCAUGAUACCAUCUGCUUCAUAAACGACGUCACCUCGUUCUACAGGAGGAGCGUGACAGUGAAAAUGACAACCUUAUAUCGAGCCAAAGAGUAAGGCUCUUUGCUACCUGGCGAAGAAGUGCAUGGAAGCACACGAGAGUGCGUUGGUUAUAUUAUCGCCCCACAAAGAAGCGCAUGAGAUGUACAAGAAGUUUGUAAAAUGGUACUUGGCGCAUCAUCUGGGUGCAAAGAG